CAGAUACAGGCACAAUCACGCUGAAUUGCUGAUACUACUCGUGUUAUGUAAUUGAACUGUGUUUGUUUCUUAGAUUCUUUAACGUCUUAGGAACUCAUCCUUGGCGAUGGAUUCCGAAAUAAUCACGUGUGGCUUCUAUUUCCUCCUUUUUGUGCAUGUCACAUAUGGAGACAUGAGCUAUUCUUUUCCAGAGGAGAUGAAGCGAGGAUCAAUUAUUGGAAAUAUGGCCAAGGAUCUCGGGCUGGAGACGGGCACGCUCUCUAACAGAAGAGCCCGUAUUGACACCGAUGGGACAGACAAACGUUACUGUGACAUAAACCUGAACAACGGAGAGUUGAUUGUUGCCGACAAGAUUGACCGAGAGGGGCUUUGUGGAGAAAAGGCUUCGUGCAUCCUAAAACAUGAGCUGGUGCUGGAGAAUCCUCUCGAGCUACAUCGGAUCAGUCUUCACAUUCAAGAUAUUAAUGAUAACUCGCCACAAUUUAAGGAAGAAUUGAUAAAUAUUGAAAUUCGAGAGUCGGCAGACAGGGGGGCUCGUUUUGUGAUAGAGGAGGCGCACGAUGCGGAUGUAGGACAAAAUUCAGUUCAGCAGUACAGCCUCAAAAAGAAUGAUAAUUUCAUUUUGGCCGUUGAUGGAAAUACAAUAGAGCUUGUUCUUGAAAAAGAGCUUGAUCGUGAAAAACAACAAGAGAUCAAUUUGCUCCUUACAGCUCUAGAUGGUGGCUCUCCUCAGAGAUCAGGUACUGUAGUAAUACACGUCACUGUACUGGAUGCUAAUGAUAACGCCCCAGUGUUUAGCCAGGCCGUUUAUAAAGCCAGUCUGCCUGAAAACUCUCCUGUAGAUACUGUAGUGGUCACAGUGAGUGCUACUGAUGCAGACGAGGGAGUCAAUGGAGAUGUGACGUAUGAAUUUGGACAUGUCACUGAAGAUGUGAAGAAGAUAUUUAGUAUUGACCGUAAAGUGGGAGAGAUACGAGUAAUUGGUGCUGUUGACUAUGAAACUUCGACAUCAUUUGAAAUACGUGUUAAAGCGAAAGAUGGGUUAGGGCUGUCAUCUUAUGCUAAAGUCAUAAUUUCUAUCACUGAUGUGAAUGACAACGCCCCUGUAGUCAAUUUGAAAUCUCUGACUAACUCCAUACCUGAAGAUACCCUACCUGGUACAGAGGUGGGCAUCAUUAACGUGCAGGAUAGAGAUUCUGAGAAUAACAGACAGGUCCGCUGCUCCAUUCAACAAAACGUCCCUUUUAAGUUGGUUCCUUCUAUUAAAAACUAUUAUUCUCUGGUGACCACAGGACAACUGGACCGUGAACUAGUGUCUGAUUACAACAUUACAAUCACUGCCACUGACGAGGGCUCUCCACCUCUGUCCUCCUCUAAAACUGUUCAGUUAUCUGUAGCAGACAUCAACGACAACCCACCUGUGUUUGAGGAACAGUCCUACAGCGCAUAUGUGACUGAAAAUAACAAACCUGGCUCCACUUUAUGUUCCGUUACUGCUCGAGACCCCGACUGGAGACAAAACGGUACAGUGAUUUAUUCUCUGUUACCCGGUGAGGUGAACGGUGCCCCGGUGUCCUCCUAUCUAUCUGUUAACGGAGACACGGGGGUGAUCCACGCUGUGAGGUCGUUUGAUUAUGAACAGUUCAGGAGUUUUAAAGUCCACGUGAUGGCCAGAGACAACGGUUCUCCUCCGCUCAGCAGCAACGUGACCGUCAGUGUCUUCAUAUCGGAUGUGAAUGACAACUCUCCUCAGAUACUGUACCCCGCCCCGGAGGGCAACUCCUUCAUGACCGAGCUGGUCCCCAAAGCUGCACACGGAGGCUCUCUGGUGUCCAAAGUGAUAGCGGUGGACGCGGACUCCGGACAGAACGCCUGGCUGUCCUAUCAUAUAGUCAAAUCCACUGAUCCGGGACUUUUCACUAUUGGUCUCCACAGCGGCGAGAUCAGGACACAGCGGGACAUUUCUGAGUCGGACAGCAUGAAACAGAACCUUAUUGUGGCAGUGAAAGAUAACGGACAGCCCUCUCUCUCUGCCACCUGUUCCAUGUAUUUACUUAUUUCUGAUAACUUGGCUGAGGUGCCGGAACUGAAGGAUAUUUCUUAUGAUGAGAAGAACUCCAAACUGACCUCUUACCUGAUCAUCGCGCUGGUGUCUGUGUCCACCUUUUUUCUGACCUUCAUUGUCAUCAUCCUGGGUGUGAGGUUUUGUCGCAGGAGAAAGCCCAGACUGUUGUUUGAUGGAGCAGUUGCCAUCCCCAGCGCUUAUCUCCCUCCUAAUUACGCAGAUGUUGACGGCACAGGGACUUUACGCAGCGCUUACAAUUAUGACGCCUACCUGACAACAGGUUCUAGAACCAGUGACUUUAAGUUUGUGACGUCUUACAAUGACAACACACUGCCUGCUGACCAGACUCUGAGGAAAAGUCCAUCAGACUUUGCUGACGCGUUUGGGGAAUUGGAAGAGUGUUUAGAGGUAUGAAUACACAAAGCAUCAAUUUUGUCAAUUUUUUUGAAAAAAUCAAACACAAUUUCCUUUCAAACUUUAAUUUAAGUCGUCUUAUAGCUGGUAUUUACAAACUCAGAGCAUUUUUUUUCUACUUCGCUGAUAAUAACGAGUUGUGGUGCAUAAUUGUAUUUUGUGCGUUUGUAUCUUUUCGUAUGUCUGUUCAUUUCGGUCUAAACCAGUUUUUUCGGUUCUUUGAUUAAUUUCAUUAAUCUUCCUAACAAGCUUUUUGUUUAGUUUGCAAAAUCGAUUUAAUUUCAACCAUGGCCACUUUAAUUUUCAUAC